AUGACAAAAGGGGCCCCCAGCGAAUCGUCUACGACAUAUCCAUGUACUCUGCUGUCGGAAGCGGCGAGGAUUCCGUGUCUUCUAAACUUCCCAUAUCUUCUUGAGAUUCCCCUUCGAAGCCUUCUGGGGAGCCUGGGCAGCCCCAUCCAAUGGCCCCGUCGGCGAGAGUGCACUGCUGCACUGUGCACAAGGGAAAAUAGCGACAGAUGUGCGUGGCAAUGGUUUCAGUGCUACAUAAGUCCGGACAGAAGGAUGUGA